GAAGUCUUAAAGAGUUUAAUAUAACUAUAAUAAAAAAAUAAGUUAGUGAAAAUGCAAUUGUCAUUUAAGAUUAUUUUGCUCGAUCUAAUCGCUCUGCCCCGCUGGACUUAGUUAACUGUCUAUGCUGGGAUGCAAUGAAACCUCUGUCAAUGCUCGUCUUAUUGCACAAAAAAGGAAAGACGACAUAAACAAGUUUGCUGUGUCUAUAUAUACCUAUAUACUUAUGCUGCGCUGCGUACAAUACGAGUGUGGCUGUUGCAUUAAAAAUUAUAAUAUUAUAGAAAAAAUAUAACAAUUAUAUUUUUUCGAUAUCAUUCUUGGAAAUACGGAAUAACGACGGCAACUACACAACCAAACAUGAAUCAAUGUUCGAAUACAUCGGGUACAACACAUACCACCAUAACGGUCUUGGAAGACAGCGGCAGUUCCAUUGGUAGCGCGUCCAUUUCGGGCCUUAGCAAUGGCAUACAUAAUUUAGACUUGGAGCAAAGCAAUGAGCGUGACCAUGACACAACAAGCAAUACCACGGCAUCGCAAAACUCCCAAUGCUACACCGAAAGAAUGCGUCAAAUAAAUUUGCCAUUGGAAGCGGAAACGACUACACAUCGCAUAUAUUGCUAUCGCAAAAGAAUAUUCAUUGAAUUUGAACACUUAACGAAUACUGCUAGUGAAGAAAUAUGUAUAGAAAUAAGUCGGCGGAUGGGUAUACUCCCAAACACAAGAUUACUAUUUGGCUUAAAGGUUUACGAAGAUAGUAAUCAAGAGGAAUGGUGUUUACCCGGACAACCAUUGCGUCCUGGGGUUAAAUAUUGCUUUCGUAUGCGUUUCAAAAUGCCUCCUCUAGAUGGCCAGCUACAAUCCAUGGAUCCUAAUGCAUAUGAAUAUUUAUACAACCAAAUGCGCCAUGAUAUGGUGCAUGAUUGCAUUCCAUCCAUUCGAUAUCCUUUAAAAAAAGACAAUGUAAUGGGCCUAGGAGCGGUUGAUAUGUACAUCGACUCAUUGGAACAUAGGGAACCUGUGGAUCGCAUUGAAUCCAAUUAUAAACGCUAUUUACCCCGCCCCUUGGUUAAGGCCCAUAAAAUAUUUAUAAAACGUAAAAUAUGCAACUCAUUUCGUUUGCUACGUGAGAAAAAAAUCGAAUUGGCGCGAGUCAAAUGGAAUUAUGUACUCCAGCUCAACAAUCUUGCUCCAGACUACUUAUUGGAGACUUUUAAGGGCGUCGUGGAUUUUAUACCUGGUGACAUAUCGACUUCCGUUCCUGUUGACGGAGGUGGUAGUCUUGCCAAUCCAACGACGGCCAAUGUUUUUAUAAAACUGGAUUUGUACGAUACCCCUGAGCCCGGCUUAAAAGUCGCCAGAAGAACGAGUAAGGACAAACUGGAGUGGGCCUUAGUGAGUAAACUUGAGAACAUUUAUGCAGUGUACACACGUGGGGUUAGCCCCAAUACACUGAGCUGCCGCUUGGAAAUCACCGGUAUGCCAAAUGGUUACCGCAUACAAUUUGAAAGUAAAAUUCAACUGGAGGCAUUUAUUUCUUAUCUCUCUGGCUAUAUGAGAUUAACCACUAAAUGGAUGGUAAAUCUUUGCCUACAAUACUCUACACCCUCAUUGGAGGAAUUAAUAGCGCUACACUGUCAUGGUCCAAUCGGUGGCGCCUUCUCCUUUGCAAAAAUACGUGAACAAGGUAACAAAUGCGGCAGUUAUAUUAUUCGUCAAUGUGAAAAGGAAUACGAUACAUAUUACAUUGAUAUCAACACAAAAUCAAUAUGUGAAGGAUUACAGCCAGAAAAAUUCAAAACGGAGACAUUUAAAAUUACAAAAGAGGUUAACAUGGCAUUUAAAAAUCAAAUAGUGGUGAAGACUAUUAUGUGGAAAUUACAUUUAAAUGGAACUAUAGAAGUUUUUGAUAAACUAAACAAGCUGGCAAAUUUUUUACAAACAGAAUCAGAGCGUAAAACCCGUCUAUCUCCAUCAGAUAAUGACAAGUCGCCGCUUUUGUUAAUAUGUUUGCCAAAAAAUGUGCAAUCAAAAAAGACUGAAAAGGAAUUAAGCGAAGCUGAACUCCAACGUAAACGUGUGCAAAUACUUGAUCUAGCCAAGGACCUGCAAUGGUAUCACAAUUCUUCUCGCAAUUGUGACAAUAGUAAAAUGACAGAAAUAAAAGCCGAUUGGAUACAAGAUGGAGGAUUUAAAGAUGUUACGGUUACACUUAAAGUACUUAAAUUUGAAGAAGACUUCAAGGAAUUUAGAAGCUUGGCUUCUACUUGGAGUCGUAUCCAAUCCCCUCAUAUCAUAAAACUAUUUGGUCUGACUUUGGAGCCCCCAUUUACCAUGGUCAUGGAAUAUUGUAAGUUUGGACCACUCAGCGAAUUUUUAAGACACAAUAAGACAAAAGUGUCAUUGCGUCAAUUAAUAGAUGUCGUUCAUGGCUUGGUUAGAGGCAUAGUAUAUCUGCGAAAUCAUCACAUCAUACAUGGCUAUAUACGGUGUGCAAAUUUAUAUGUUACAAAAUUUGACACUAAAACACAAAUUCUGGAAGCAAAAAUCUCAGAUUCAGGAUUUCCGCGGGCCUACCGAAGAGAUGAUUUACCCUGGAUACCUUUCGAAUAUCACAAUAACUUAAGAGCUGCUAAAAAAGAACCUGAUGUUGAUGUAUGGGCCUUUGCUACAACAGUGUGGGAAAUAUUCUCACGUGGCGAGCCAAUUGGCUUGGUGACAACUGAGAUGCUGAGACAAAACUACAGCAGAGACGGUGGUAUACUACCCAUGCCAGACGAUUGCCCACCAGAAAUAGCCGAAAUUAUAAUGGACGGUUGGAAUACAGACCCAGAAAAAACCUUCAAUCAUAUGCAAAUAAUAGAACGUUUAAGCUGCAUAAAGGAGAGCCACAGUACCGAUUCUACAACCAGAGAUGUUUCAGAAAACAUUUUUGAGAAUUUGGAAGAUGAUCGGGCCCUACACAAUGGUUUUACUGAACAGAGCGAUAUUUUCAGUUUUCCUAGUUAUUUCAAUGCAACGAAUUCGGUGCUAGAAAUACCGCGUGGCAAAGUAAUAUUCAAAAAGAAAAUUGGCGAAGGCCAUUACGGCACUGUUCAUUUGGGUGAGGUUCGUUAUAAUGAUAGUAAUACAAGGGAAUAUGUAGCCAUAAAAACAUUAAAAUCAGCUAGAGCAACACAACUGAGUAAUGAUUUUAUGCGUGAAAUCGAAAUAAUGGAGUCUCUCUCUCAUCGAAAUAUUGUCAAAAUUAAACACUGGAUACAACGACCGUUUUGUAUAAUAAUGGAAUAUUUGGAAAGUGGUUCCUUUUUAGUAUAUUUAACUUCGAAAAAACCAAACUUGACGAAUCCAAUUCUAUUGGGUUUUGCUUUGGACAUUGCGAGAGGUAUGGACUAUUUAGCUGGCCAAAACAUAAUUCAUCGCGAUUUGGCUGCUCGUAAUAUUUUGGUUGACAGAGAUAGUGUCAAAAUAUCCGAUUUUGGUUUAGCUCAGCGAGCAGAUUCAGAUGGCUAUUAUGUACCUCAUAGUAGUCGUGAAAUACCAAUUAAAUGGUAUGCGCCUGAGGCAAUUAAAAAGGAUGCCAAAUUUUCAUCACAAUCCGAUGUAUGGUCCUAUGGUGUUACACUGUUUGAAAUGUUUUCAAGGGGAGAAUCACCAAAUCUCGAACCUAAUGUGGAGUUAUCACAAGAGGAAUUUUUGAUGAGACUGGAUAGAGGAGAUCGAUUACGAAAACCAACCUUGUGUGAGGACCAUAUUUACAAUCGUCUUAUGAAGCCCUGUUGGCACGGUAAUCCAAAGAUGCGACCAAAUUUCGGCGAAAUCAUCGGUAUUAUACAGUCAAUUAGAAAUGAAGACAUCAACACUAUACCAAAGUCAGAUUUUAAUAUUUCCCCGCCUACAUCGCCUACGUCAAUGAAUUAAUUUAGAAUCGAAACUAAAUACGAAUGGAAAAACAACAACAACAAAAAUUCAACUCAAGUGCAAGUAUGACUUUUUAUACAUAUUGAUGGAUGGAUCACAAACCUACAAACAAAGUAUACUAAUAACAAUUAAGAUGAGAAAUGUUUUAAUUUUAAUACACAAUAGUUUCAAAGAGAAAAGGUCCAGCUGAAUAGGAAUGGAAUGGGGUUUCUUUAUUUGUAGACUAAUGAUAUAUUAAGUUGUACAACAAAAAAGCUACACACCUUUUGUUUUUGUCGAUUUUUCGCCUGUAAUAGAUUGAGGUUCUAGCACUUUUACGAUAAGCAACAUUGAAUAGGUAAACAAAAAUUGUAUGAUCUUGCACCUUGUUCCAUUGUUUUUUGUUUUAUUUUUUUAAUUUGUUGAAGUAAGAAGGUAAUCUCUCGACUCUGCGAAAAGUUUUACACUUUUGUUUUAUUAUAUGUAGUAGAAAUUAUAUAUUUUAAAUAAAUAAAAUGUACUAUAAAAGUUCGCCUAAUGUUUUUGCAUAAGCUGUGUAUGUAUGUAUGUUUUUAUUUUUAAAUUUAAUUAUAAUUUAAGUGCCUUCUGGACGAGAGAAGAACCUAAAACAUAGUUUUUGCGUUUAUGUGUUGAGAAAAAAAUGCAACAAUUAUAUAUUUAACUAUAUAAAUAUCUAAACGGUAGUUUAAUUUUAACUAAUUAUGUACAUGGUUUUUAUGUUUGUAAAUCGAUUUUGUUUUACACGCAUUUUUUUAACGAUAUAUGCAUACAUACAUUUAGAAAUAUAUAGCACCCUCACUUUAUGUUUUCGCCCUCACUUUCCCAACGCCCUACCCAUAAAUUGUUAUAUUUUUUUUAUUAUUAUGUGUCUAAUAAAUAAAAUUUUAUUCAAAAGCUUAAAAGGAGAAUUUCAUCGGCACAUUUCUCAAACCAAAAAAUGCAGAACAAAACUUUAAGUCUUCGAAUUUCAUGACCUUCGACAUUGACAAAAUCCAUGAAGAAUUAAAUGUUUUUUUAUUCACACAAAGACUAGGAUACAAAUACUUGAUCAGCUUGUUGUUGUAUGAUCUUGCCUUGUAAUUUUUAAUAAUCUUAAGUAUCUACGUAAGAUUUUAAUGUAACAAACGAAAUAAAAGUUCACGCAAAAAUGUGAAAUAAGUCAUUUGGAGUAAAAA